GUCACUUCCUCUGGUCGCCAUAUUGUAACUGGUUAGGAAUCCAAAGAAACCCGAAAAAAAGCUAUCACAAAGAUGGCAGGUGGAUUGCCUAGACGUAUUAUCAAGGAGACACAGCGUCUAAUGGCUGAACCGGUACCGGGUAUUAAAGCCGUUCCAGACGAAGGAAACGCCCGUUACUUUCACGUUAUUGUAGAAGGCCCUGCAGAAUCUCCUUUUGAAGGAGGAACCUUUAAAUUAGAAUUAUUUCUGCCAGAGGAAUAUCCGAUGAGCGCGCCUAAAGUCCGAUUCAUGACUAAAAUCUAUCAUCCAAACAUAGAUAAGUUAGGAAGAAUUUGUUUAGAUAUUCUAAAAGAUAAAUGGAGUCCGGCGUUGCAAAUUAGAACUGUACUUUUGAGUAUUCAAGCUCUUUUGAGCGCACCAAAUCCUGAUGAUCCACUAGAGAAUGAUGUCGCUGAGCAAUGGAAAGUGAACGAAGCUCAGGCUAUUGCAACCGCAAAACAAUGGACCAAAAUGUAUGCUACGAGGGGGUAAUUUUAAGAAUCCGAUAUGAAAAUUUGCCGCAGCUUAAAGGACGGUAUCGUAUAAACGAUUUUUCACCAGUUUCAUUCACUUGUAUGCUUUACGUAUACCUAUACUAUUAGCUAAUAAAAAUUCAUUUGUUAAAAAAUAUCCAAUGCAUGUUUUACUUUCGUCCUUACGAAAAAAAUUUGUUACAAUUUUAUAAAAUUAUUGUAUGCCAAUGUUUAAUGAGACUUGACAUCAUUCUGGGAAAAACAAGGAUUGAGGUUUUCAUUAGGUACAGAUUAAGUAUCAAAAGUUAAGAUGAUCUAUGUAUGUAAAAAUAAGAACUAUAGACCACUUUAUCCCUAUAAUCUAAAGUCCCAGAUGUGAUGAUUAUGUAUUUGCGAAUUGUUCUCAAAUUUCACUGCAUGGUCAUAGCUAGGAUAUGAAUAGAACAGAGAUUGUCGUUUUUUUGUCCAUCUAACUUUUAAUGACGUAUUUUUGGUUAUAACGAGAACUCUAGAAAUCCGUAUAACCUAAUUUACUGAUUCUAACAAGGUCAAAAAUCAAGGCACUUUUUCGUCGAAAUAAAUUAUAUAAAUCUUUAUGCGAAUAAAUUUGUUGGUUCUAACUCAACCAAUAUUGAUGAAGCAUGUAAUCCUGUACAGUGGGCAUCGAGCAUGUAUUCGAAGAGAUAAACUAUGCUUUUUUCAUUAAAUAAUAAGGUAGUCAAAUAAAGAUACUCAAAUUUUAAAUUACGUAUAUCUUUUAUAAUCAUUGCUUUGUAUCAGCUUCAAUUUAGGAUGAAACCUCAAUCCUCAAACAUACGUAUUUCUUUCGAUUCUCAUUAAACAUAUCUACUUUUGCAUUCUUUACGCAAAAAAAUUUCAAUAUAAAACAAUUUUUUUUUAGGAUUGUACUGCAUUUUUAAUGUCUUACAUUGUAACAACAUGAUUUUCAAUAUAUUGUACACAUUGGCAAACUGCAAAAAAAAAAAAGAAAAAAAUAGAUCACGUUUUAACUGAAGCUAGAAAAAAAAUCUUAAAAAGCUGUUUUUUUUGCAUAAAAUAAACAUUUUGUUAAAUUAAUUUAACUUUUUUCUUCAAUUUUUGAGCAGAAAGGAAAUAACAUAAACUCUAAUUACAUCUAUUGUUUGUUUUUUUUUUCUUUCAUAUUUCACAAUUGUUGAGCUCGAGGUGUGAAUGUUGAAACUUCUUGAUAUACUCUUCCUGUUUCGGGAGAGAAAAGUGGCAUUAUUGUCAAAUUGUAUUUGUAACAAUGGCCUAAUAUAUGAUACAUUAAAAGGAAAAUUUGAAUUCGGAGUAGCUAUUACUAACCUUUCCAUACUGCUAUAUCUUCUGUUGCAUCAUUAUCUACGCUAGAAUCAUAAGUAAAAUCUGCUACAGGUUCAUCAUCAGGAUCGUGAUAUUGUUCAAGAUAAGGAUGUUGCAGAGCCUUUGUUGCAUCCAAUCUUUUAUCUGGAUCAAGGUCAAGCAUUUGUUCCAACAGGUUGAUUGCAUUCGGUGAAGCGCUCUGCAAAGGUUAUAAAAAUCACUUUAUUCAACUGCAUAAUCCAAUAUGCUUAUUUUUAAUCUGUUAUUAUAAACAAGGCUCAGCACUAAUGCAGUUACUUAUUUAUCUUAGUUACGGUAUCAACAUAAAUGAAUUUUAAAUCAUAGCUUUAAAUCUUAUCUAUAAUCUUCUUGCAAUUUUAUCUGUCGUUAGUGCUUAAUCAAAAGGAGAUGUAUAUAUACAUACAUACAUACGAGAAUAAUUGCGACCAAAUUUAGCCUACAUUUACAUUGCAGAUUGACACUUUUUAGAAUACAAUCUUAAUGAUUUUAUAAAUAAAUCAACGAAUUUGCUAACUUAUUCAUUUACUUGCACACUAAGAGAAAGGCUAGGAAAAUUCUUACCGGAAAUAUUUCAGAAAAGUUCUUUCUUGGUCUACAAGCUAAGGACUCUACGUAUCUUCUAGCGUCAUCACUAUUUAUUUUAUUCAAUAAUUCUCUGCUUGGAGUUCCAACUAUGUCCAUUAUUCUGAAAAAAUUAUAAAAAAUAGUGGAAUAAUUGAAAAAUAACUCCGACUAAAAGACUUUAAGAAGGAUUUUAGGGUGUUAAAGCGACAAAUUAAAGGUUAGAGAAAAUUUUUAGGUGGGUUAUAAAUGUUACAAAAGCGAGUUUGUACUUGGUCAACUGAUCGAUGUGAUCCGAACCGGGAAACAAAGGUUUUCCUGACAACAUUUCAGCCAUUAUACAACCAACUGACCAUAUAUCAGCAGUUUGGCCGUAGUGCAUCCAAUUAAGCAUUAUCUCAGGUCCUCUGUACCAUCUUGUUGCGACAUAACCCGUCAUUUCAUCAUCGGUUUGUCGAGCGAGACCAAAAUCAAGAAUUUUCAAUUCACAAUCUUCAUUAACAGCAAUGUUUGACGGUUUCAAAUCUCGAUGUAUAAUGCCCGCCGAAUGAAUAUACU